AUGGAUGACGAUAUCAUGGACUAUGAAGAAGAGAAGAGAGACAGAUCUCCCUCGCCCAUAAGAUUUGAAUCAAACAGCAAGCUAAAAGGAAAAGGAAAAGUCAUUGACCAGCCAGAAAUUGCUCCACCGACGGAUGAUAAUUUACCUUGGGUGGAAAAAUAUCGUCCAAAAACGUUCAAUGAACUCGUUUCGCACAAAGUCAUAAUAUCCACAAUCGAAAAAUUCAUUGAAGAGCAUCGAUUACCACAUCUAUUGUUCUAUGGUCCGUCUGGCACUGGUAAAACAUCAACAAUACUUGCAUGUGCCCAAAAACUAUAUGGACCGAAAUGGAAAAGCAUGAUCAUGGAGAUGAACGCAUCAGAUACAAGGGGCAUUGAUACGGUUCGAGAAGAGAUAAAGACUUUUGCGAGCACGCGUAAGAUCUUCAGUUCUGGCUUUAAAUUGAUUAUUCUGGACGAGGCGGAUGCUAUGACUCAACAAGCUCAAAAUGCUUUAAGGCGAAUUAUUGAAAAAUAUACGCAAAAUGUUCGCUUUUGCAUCAUUUGCAAUUACGUUAGCAAAAUAAUUCCAGCAAUACAAUCACGUUGUACGCGUUUUCGAUUCUCGCCGUUAGAACUCGAUCAGAUUGAAACACGUCUAAAUUUUAUUAUUGAUGCUGAAAACGUAAACAUCACACAGGAAGGAAAGAACGCGUUAAUGAAACUUUCUGGAGGCGAUAUGCGUAAAGCUUUAAACAUUCUUCAGUCUUGUCAUGCUGCCUAUGAACGAAUUGAUGAGAAUGCGGUGUAUAAUUGCACUGGGAAUCCAGAACCACAAAGUAUCAAAGAUAUAGUUGAAGCGAUGUCAGGCAACGAAUUUACUGCGGCUUAUUCAAUGAUGAUGAAAAUAAAAACAGAGAAAGGAAUAGCUUUACAGGAUAUCAUAAUGGACAUAUAUAAAUAUUUAGAAUCAUAUCAGCUUCCAGCAGAUGUGCGAAUUUACUUGUUGGAUAACCUAGCGAAUAUUGAUUACAGACUCGCUAAAGGUGGAACUGAAAAGUUCCAAGUUUCCGCGUUACUAGGAACUUUUAAAAAUGCAUUAGAAUUAGUGCAACAAAAUUAG